AUGUUGUUCUUAAGGCUGUUUGCGGUUACAACGAGCGAGAGCGGAACAUACUUAGCAUGUUUAAGGAUGCAUCACGAUCAGACACAUUACAAAGUGGAUAACAGCACUGCUAUCGUCAGUCUUGACUGGGAUGCUGUUGCUAAGAAAGAAAAUAUCGAGGGCUCUGCCUUAUCGUGUCAGUUUUUCAAGUUUGGCAUCUCAAAUGCUUCUUUCUCAAGAAGAAGCUUAUCUAAGUUCAUGGUUAAACGAUGGGUUAAGAGAAGUCUUGCUCCAGGUUCCAGAGUUGUCGAAAAAAAUUUGGACCAAAGUGGACUCCGAGAGGACUUGAACAAGCAAGGAUUCCAAGUUGUGGGAUACGGUUGCACAACAUGUAUUCGGAACUCUGGUGACCUUGAUAAAUCAGUAGCAGCUGCUAUUGAAGGAACUGAAAACGAAGCACACCACGUGAUUUUAAUGUCCCUCCCGGAAAAAAAAGUCCACACGGCACACCCGACAGUCAAGAGAGCAGUCAAGUUACAUUUUUAGACCUUCCGUUACGUAGUUUACUGCUUUUCAGUUGCGUUUUUGCGACUGUGGCAAAUGCUUACAGUUAAGGUACGUUGAAAAAUAAGGCAGAUGCGUCGUGGCAAUGAUCAGAAACAACCACUCACUGGUCAGGACUCCCCUACGAUGACCACAUGGCUACAUUUAAUAUUCAUUGUAUCGAGAUUCACACGAUCAGAAAUAUGAAAAAAGGGAUUCCAUUAUCUCUCUCAUCUGGUGAUUAUUCAACUUAUAGAAAGAGGCAUUUUUGAAAUGUUUUUCAGUGCAGUGGAUGUGAUAAUUGUUAGUAGCUUCACACUACCACUCCAAGGGUUAAGUUAAACUCAGUUUAAGUUAAUAAAGUUAAGUGUUAUAAAAAAACAGUUCUUAUUUCCACUCUAUACUUUUGUCAACUUUGAAAGGAAUAAGUUCACCUAUUUUAAUAUCUUGGAAG